GGCGGCAGAUGGGGAUGUGCCCCCGAGGCCGAGGAAGCUCUGAGGGCACGGAGGCCAUACGGUGGCACCUCUGCUUUGGGUCGCUCGCACGGCGUGGGUCGGUUUGCCUGUAGCAGCCCUGAGGGGUCUGUCCGGAGCUGCAGGGCCGGGCCGCUCGGCAAGGAGGAUUUACAGCCUUCUCUGGCCAAGGGGAGCUUGUUCUCCUCUGUUGCCUCACACAAGCCUUACGCGUUCUCUUCUGGCCAUCUCAGCCACAAAAAUAAUCUCCCGGACUUUCAUGUGCUUUCCCCCCGGUGUGUUCCGUUCCGUCCCUUCCACCCCACCCCAUCCCUUCCUUCCUAGUAAAUGUUGCCGAUUUGAACGUGCAGGAGGGGAAAAUGAAGAGGCAGAAAGACUUGAUAAAUCUGGUGGUUUGGCAAAACCAGGGUGAAGGGAGGAGGAGGAGGAGGAGGAAGAGGAAGAGGAGGGGAAAUUAAUUAUAAAAUGGGAGGAAUAGCAUUGUGUCAAAAUUUUAACAAUCAAAUCAUAGAGAUUCAAAGAACUCCUUCUCAAUAGGACAAGAAUACCACAGAUGAAUUGUUUACACUGGAAAAUGUGGGUUUUUUCCUCUUCAGCUAUCCCAUUUUUCUCCCUGUAGGUGCUACUGAGCACACUGUGGGCAGGGUGCGUUAGGCUGUUCGAGGAGCGAUCAGCUUGGUUUGCAGAAAGCUUGAGAGAACUUUUAACACAUUUGCUCCCUAGCACCUCCCUCCCCCCAGCCAGGGACAUUUGUAUUGUAUCUCCCCAGGUGUAUUUACAGUCCCGUGCUCAUGGUGGGGAAAACUUCUUCCUAUAGGAAGCCUUAGGAGUUUCGCCUCUGAAAUCAAUCUCUCUAAAUGUCACCUAAGAUUUUAAUCCUCAUAUGUUUACAUCCUUGUAGUUCAACACCCACCCAGCAGAAGCUUUUCUGAGCAGAUUGUAGGCUACAUGUUAUCACGUAUGCCAUGAUAACCAUUCACAAGCAAUUCAGAAAAAGUUCAGAUAUGUGAGUAUAAUUAGCAAAAUGGAAAGAGGUAUUAAGCAUAAGAUGGUUUAAUUACAAUUUUUAUAUUGAUAGAAUUAAUUUCUGUUUUCUCCAUCAAGUAGUUAAUGGAGAAAGAAGAACCUCAGAAAAAAUUAUGAGAAUAAAACAGGUUGUAGGUUUUUUGGUUUUGGCUUGCUGUUGUGUAAGUACCCGGGAGAUUGUGAAUUUUUUUUUCCCCCUUGAGGGAUUUCUGGUUUAUUUUUCACAACAAGAACUCCAGCAAACACACUGUGAAGCAAAAUGAAGGUACGCGUAGCAGCAUUUACAUCACCUAGCUAAGGUCUGCUGCUUGAAUGCUGUGUAUCAUCUUUUGGUUUUAAAAAUGUUUGGAGGUAAAGAAAAAUACGGUGAAUAAAAAAUCUACUUGCCCUCAGUCUGGGUUAUAAAAUACCUCAGAGAAUGGGUGGAUACAGCUGAUGAAGAUAAAAAGACAUGUUGGACUAUUUGUCUAAGCCACAAAAGGAGAAUUUAUAAGACUUGACAGUUUCAGAUGCUUAUUAGGAUUUAGCUGUGUUCUAGAGAAAAAUAAUGAAAGCCAUUAGUGAUUACAGCAAGCUGAAAAUUGGCAUCUGGAGGUAUCAGGAGAAGACUGCGUUGUCUGCACAAGUGCAACAAAUAAACCUGAGAGGCAGCAAGAUGAAACAUGAGGUUGCAUUUCACUUCAGUAACUGGGGAGCGUAUUUACUUUUGACUUUUGGAAAUGGUGAAUAGAAUUGAAAACACUUUGUCUAAAAUGGUAAAGUGUUUCUUUACUACAUCCAUGCCCUAAAAAUAUCUUGCUUCUAAAAAUUUUUAAAAUAAAAAAUGCAGUGGUCUAUUACAGGAUAUUUUUGUUUACUUACCUUUAAGAAAAAAAAAGCUCUAAGAAAUACAUUUGCUGUGUUGUUCAUAGGUACAAAUGAGAAAUGAGAACUCUCAUCCCAGUUUAUACAAUUUAUCUAGUCCCACUUUUUGUGCUAAGUACUAUUUAAAAGGCAUAAUUAAUGAGACAGAAAGUGUGAGGUCCUUUAAGACAGUUACCUGGCACUGUCUUCAGCCUGCUUCUCUGGGGAGCGCUAUUUUGAUUAUUUGUCUUCUGUUUCAGUCACUUUGGGGCUGAUACCAUACAAGAGGAAUUGUGUGCAGCAGUAAAUCUAGGCUGUGUCAUUCCCCUCCUCUCUUUGGUAAGUACGAUUUAAAAUUAUGGAGAACCUCCUUGCUCUCUUGCCGUCUGCUCUGAACUGAACAUACAUCCUUCAGAACCACAGGUUUUCAGAAGGUAAGUAAGUACCUGGCAGUUCUCUUCUGACUGUUGUAUGAGAACCAGAAGAUGCACAUGAUUUUAUAAUUAACUGUUUAACUUCAGCCACAGGAUCCCUCACUUUCAGAUACAGCAGAAGGUGUCUGGGUUUGGGAGGGAGAACUCAUGAGGAUUUGUGUUAUUUUAUUUGGAGAGGGAUGCAUUUGCUCCUCCAGACCCCUGUUAAAGAAUGGGCCAUUGCGCUGUCACUAUGUUUUCAGUGUUCUGGUAAACCAGAUGAGUUACAAGAGAUAAGAUCUAUUUCUUCAUCUGGUCUGUGUUUCCUACCUGGCUUCAAGGCCGUUCUCUGAACAUACAUGCACACUUGUGGCUGUGAGAGGAGGCACAGAGUAGAUGCCAAGUGGUCUUUCCACAGCUCUACAGUUCAGUCCAUAGUUGAUCUGAGAAAGAUUAAUUUAUUCCCAUUCUUAAUAUGGCUGGCAUCAGAUGUCCUAUAGAAAUUCUGAGAUCUGUACUUGAAUGUGCCACAAAUUUGAAUGCUGGUUCCUGAGCCCACAGACAUUUCUGCAGAACUAGGCUGUGAGAAAGGUGGGACUGUUGCAGUGGGUCUGUCUAAUCCAUGUGGACAUAAGGGAUUAAAGCCAUAGGGACAGCAUCUUAUCUUGUCCUGGUGAAAGUGAUGAACAUCCUCAUAUAUCUCAGCCAGAAGGUCUCCAAUGGCACAAACAAAUGCAACUUGGAAACAAUGUGCAUUCACUCUGGCAAGCCCUGCAGAGACACUAGCUUUAGGCUGCUGAGAUCAAACAGCCUGAACUAUCUGGAAUGCUGGUCACCACAUUUCACACCAGCUGAAACAUUUAGUCGUGCAAUCUGCAGGGAUCAUAAGCAGAAAUACGAAAUUCUUGAAAAACCAGAUAUAGAAAAAUAUUUCUUUUAUGAGAAUCAUAAACAAAUGUAAUUCCUUCCAAAUCCCAACAACUUCUGAAACUGUUCUUUGAGCAGGAACAUCUGUGUCAUGGAUAAGACUCUUAUUAUUAAAACACAGCCUCUAAUUUUCUUCCUCCCUUACUUUGCUUUUAGCCUGGUCAGCUGUUUCAAGGCUCUGUGCUGAAAUUGUCAGUUCUCAGCCAUGCACUGUAGCCACAAUGGGAUGUUAAUCUGUGGAUAAUCAGCUCCAGAAAAGUACUUGCUGUAUUCAAAAAGCAUGGGAGACCACAGGUUUUGGUGGAGGAAGAAUGUAAUUGGUGGUUGUCCUCAGAGUUGAAAUUUUUACAGAAGAAACCAAUGUUCAGUGCAUUGCCCCUGGAUUAUCACUAGAGUCAAACUAAAAAUAGUAGAAGAAAAAACUCUGUUUCAGGACCAAGAAUACUUUGCCUUGGAUAAUUAGGUUCUGCAGGCUUCAUUGUUGAUGUCUGUGUCUCCCUCAUUUCCCUGUCUCCACUCAGAACACACUGUGGAGGUUAAUCAGUCCUGUGAGUCUCAUCUGUUUCUGAAAUUUGCUCACUUUCCUAGUCACAUUCUGCUUCAUUUUUUUUGGUAUCUCUCCUGAAGAUUAAAAUUCAACACUAUAUACUUAAAGUAUAUGUAUGUGGAGACAAAAAUAUGCUACAUUCUCUGUAUAGGAUAUUUUUGCUAAGGUGCAACAGCAUUUUAAACACGUCUGUGGAACAAGAUGCUUGUUCUUUUUUGUUAGUAUUUAAAAUGAUUUUGUGUGUUUGGUUAUAGAUGACACAUGGAAACUCUGCAUGCUUACACUGGUAGCUGCUGAUGCUUGUUCUGCUCCUGAACCCUGCAUACUGUGAUAAAACAGGCAUGGAUGAUGAUCAUGCAUACUCAUAAAGUGCUUUAACAAUGCUAGAUGUGUGGUUGGACACAAGAGGAGAUGUUGGAAGAAAAUCCUUACCAGGACUCCAACUUGACUGCAAAUGAAGAGCAAUACUCAUCUUCUUUAGAGUGUUGCCCUUCAUUCUUUAUUCAUUUAUGGACCCAUAACGAAUUUCCAGUAGGAAAGCAGGCUCCCCAAUCCAGCAAAUAUUAAUUGCCUGGUUACUGAAGAGAAUGGGAAACCCCCUCAGAAACAGCGUUCAGCCUGUUUCACCUCUCAAAAAGACAUCCCCUCCAGGUACUCCAAAGUCAAUUCCUUCUUGUUCCUGUUCUCACUGUGACUGUUGCCCUGCAGGAAGUGGCUGCAAGAGAGUCCAAACCUAAGGCUUGGACUCCUGCUGGUCCUUCAGCACUGGUGAAACAAAGUCCUUCUCUGGGACAGGGCUGGGGCAACAGUCCUGAAGUACAGGGUAAAGUGACAGAGAUCACUGUGCUACCUUUCAGAGGUAAUGGGAGAGACUGGGCAGCAUGCAGGGAAGGGUUGGAGGAACUCCAGAAAUUUAAAAGUGUUUCUGGUUGUGUUUGGGGUUAAAGUCUGAGGUGCUGGUACUGUAUAUAUUGCAUAAAAUGUUUUAGCUAAGUAGCUGCACAAGGUUGGUAAGAAGUAGCUAACAUCCAUCCUGAAACUGUGUUGAUAGCAGAGAGGUGAUGGAUGGCAUUUGCAGGGUAAGACUCUCAGAACCCACAGGCCUCCCUGGGGUACUUUGGUAGCAGAGUGAGUGAUGCACGUUUUUCUGUUAAACCUAAAAGGUACACAUUCUACUUAUUAAAAAAAAUCUUCCACAAAGGAGUGAGAUUCAAAAGCCAAGCAGCUUACGUUUACUCCGUUGGUUGAAAUCCCCGGGAAGAACAGUGAAUCCGCAGGGAAUGUCAGCGAUGGGCGCAGCUCGGACUGCCGCGCACGGCUGGGGCAGCAGUGCCACCUGCGGGCCGGCGCGGGGACUGCGGCCCCGCGCUGCCGUGCGCUCAGCGCCGCUCCGGGCCUCGGAGCCACACGUGGCAACAGCCCUCCCGAGCUCUGUGUUAUUUAAACACUGCCGGUUUUCCGACCUUUGCUGAGCGAAUUAUGGAAUGGCUUUGGUGAUAGAGCUUUUGUAUAUGCUCAUGAUAUUAUUUUAAUAGUUUUAAAAUCGAGCCUGUUACUGACACAUAUUUUGUUUUGCAUUUGCUGUUGAUUAAGAACACAUAAAAGCCUUGAAUGGAUAUCACCUGCUUUAAAUUACAAGUCUUUAUAUUGUUGUGUAUGUCUAACAAAUAUGUGCGUAUUUCACAAAGGUGGUCAAAUGAGUGAUCUCGUGGAAGAAAACUGUGAGAAGAGCUAUUCUUCCCAGGAAACAUCUGCAGAAAAAAAUGUGUCUCCUGCUAAGGACUGCUCAAUAAGACAUAGAAAAUUGAUGAAGAACAAAACACAUAAUUCUGCCUCUCACAUGACAACUUGCGAACUCCAUGCCACUGUACCAGAGUCAUGCAUUCAGAGUCAUGAUUGUUCCAUCUCCGGUCAGGAUGCACAGUCGCAAAAACUCGAGAAACAAUUAAAAUGCUUAGCCUUUCAAAAUCCAGGACCUCAGGUAGCUGACUUCAAUCCUGAAACUAGAAAGCAGAAAAAGAAAGCAUGCAUGUCACAGAUGAAACAAAAUUUUUUUUAUGAGUCCAAAUUUACAAAGAAGUACGACAAACAUGGCAGGCUGCUUUACAAUGACAUAGAUUUAUGUGACUGCCUGGAAAUGGACUGCCUGGGUUGCUUCUAUCCUUGCCCCAAAUGCAAUUCAAACAAAUGUGGACCAGAAUGUCGCUGCAAUAGAAAAUGGGUUUAUGAUACAAUGGAGACUGAAGCAGGGGAUGUGAUCAGUGUGCUACCAUUUUUUGUCCCUGACUGAUUAUGUUCCGAUAGUUUUUGUGCCUGAACAUUGUUCUUUUUUCUUCAUGUUUUAUUAAAAUAAAUCUUGAUUUUA